UUUGUCCGUGACCUCGAUGCCUUUUCGUUAUAAUCAAGGACUGCAAAGAUGGAUGCCGGUUUCUUUCGAGGAACCAGCGCUGAUCAAGACAGCCGCUUUGCGGACAAGGAAAAGAAACUCAUCAAAGCUAUGAGAUUCGAAUCAGUUUUGGAAAAAAAGGUUAUUAUGGACAAAGUGAACCUUGACACAAUAAAGCCAUGGGUAACAAAAAGAAUUACUGAGCUUCUUGGAAUGGAGGAUGAGGUUGUAACGCAAUUCAUAUUUGAACUGCUGGAGGGCUCUAAGAACCCAGAUCCAAAGACCAUUCAGAUACAGCUCACUGGGUUUUUACAAGGAAAAAAUGCCAGAGUUUUUAUGGGUGAACUGUGGGAGCUUCUUAUUAGUGCUCAAGAAAAUGUUGGGGGGAUUCCAACUGUAUUUUUGGAAAAGAAGAAAGAGGAAAUAAGACUCCGAAAGCUUGAGCAAGAUCGCAUUAAUGCCCAUAUUCGAAGGACGACCGGUGACCUCCAGGUAGAGGCCGACAGCACUAUCCCUGGACCUGAUCCCUCCGAUGCUGGUCUUACGCCCGCGGAAAUGGCGGCUGUGAAGGCGCAAGCUCUAAAGCUUGCCAAGGAAUCGAAUCCUUCGGCACAUGAUGCGUCAUUUGGUGAUAACUCAGGGGAAAACCCUAUAACUGUGCUUGGUGCUGGAAUGGUGACCCCUAAAAGGAGUGUCAUGAAAGACCUAUCCGGAUACACGUCAUCGCCAGCUUCUACGCCGAUAGGGCGUAAUACGAAACCGGGUUGGUACGCGGAGCAUGACAAGUUUGUGCACAUCUCGCAGACUGCUGGUGCAGGUAUACUACUUAUUGGGGACUCGAUAAUCAAUGGAUUGUCCCGUUACCAUAGUGUCUGGUCGAAAUAUUUUGGGCCGUUGAGGGCACUUAACUUUGGCAUCGGUGGUGAUCGCACCCAGCAUGUUCUUUGGAGAGUCGAAAACGGCGAGAUUCCGAUGAAUCUGCACAUAUGUGUUGUGCACUGCGGAACAAAUAACAUUGACAAGGACACACCCUCUGAUAUCACCGAUGGCAUUACAUCCAUAGUGUCCGUAUUCCAGACUGCGAAACCGAACGCCAAGGUAAUAAUUGCCGGACUGCUCCCACGUGAUUUGGAGCAUGGAUACCGGCGACAUAGCAUCCGCAGCGUCAACAAGAAGCUAAAAAGAUGGAGUCAGUCACCUUCACAGAGGAACGUUUAUUUUCUGAAGCCGGACAAUGACUGGGUGUUACCGGAUGGUAUGCUCAGAACAGAGCUUUAUUACACUGACUACUUGCAUUUAGGCGAGCCAGGCAACGAAAAGUUUGCAAAGUCAAUUUACGACAUGAUAAUGAAGUUGAUGCAAGGCGAAAGAAUUGAUUAUAUCCUCAGCAGCGACGAAGAAGAUAUGGAGCUUGAGGAUUCCGAUUUGAAGUAUCCUGUCACAGACCUGCGGGAUAAGCUAAAUAAUUUGAAAACAGACAAGGGCAAAGGAAGGCCAGGAAAAGGAAGGGACAGCCGUUCACGUUCACAUUCUCCCUCAAGGUCCAAGUCUCGUUCUCGUGGUAAAUCUCGUUCACGCUCCAGAAGUCAAUCACAGGGUAAAUCUCGGCGCCGUUCGCGUUCGCAUUCUAGACGCCGAAGGUUCCGAUCUAGAUCCCGUUCACCUCGAAGGAGGUCCCGCUCUCCUGCACGACGCCGCUCCAGGUCAUUUUCUCCACGGCGAAGAUCGCGUUCACCUGCCCGCUACCGAUCUCCUCGUAGGCGAAGAUUCUCACCUCAAAGACGAUUCUCACGGUCAUUUUCAAGAUCACCUCAACGUGGAAGAAGAAUUGCCAGGAAACCGUCAUAUUCAAGCUCGGCCUCGUCAAGGUCGCCAACGCCAGAGAAGAAAGCGGCUGUUGCCAAGGCAAACUCGCCUUCACCACCCCCAACGCACCGGAAAGAUGCUAAGGAGGUUAAAGAGGCUCCUGCCAGAAGGAGUGGUCGCAGCUCGUCAGAAGGAAGCGCAAAAGAGAGGUCAAAGUCUCCUGCUGUAGUUGAUACAAGUAGAGGAGAGCCUGAGUCAUAUCACAGAGCUGACAAAGCACAAACGAGAAUGUACAGAACCAAAAGGUCCACCUCAAGCAGUAUUUCUCCUGAGAAAGAUAAUGCAGAAGAAAAAAGAGGCUCCGCGGCUCGAAAACCACGUGAAAAACGUCCAUCAGACUCAAGGGCAGACAGAAGAUCAAGGUCCGAAUCCCCGAGAAGAAGAAGGUCUCCACCAAGGGGUGUUAGGAAUCGCUCGCCAUACCAUCAUGGUUCCCCAGAACAUAGACCAAGAAGACGAUCUCCACCACAAAAAUCACCACCACGUCGAUUUAGAAGGGAAUCGCCGCCACGCCAGAGACGUUACAGAUCGCCAUCAGAGUCACCACCAAGGAGAGCACCAAGGCGUGUGUCUCCGUCUCCAAGACGUCGAUCACCUACCCCACCAAGGCGCCAGUCGCCAAUUAGAAGACGCAGAGAUGCCAGUCCGUCUCCAAGACGACCUCCAAGAAGGCCAUCACCACCCCGCAGGAGGCGGUCGCCUAGUGAAGAUUGGUCAGCAUCUCCUUCCCCGCCGCCAAAGCAGACGAAAGAAAAGCGCAGAGGUGGUGAGUCAGAAGAAGAUGGCUCUUCAUCUGAAGAAUCAGUUGCAGAGGCGAAAGGAAAAGAGCAAAAGCGAGAAAGAAGGAAGCAUGAUGUUAAGAAGAAGGAGAAGGAAAGAAAGAGGAAGCGGUCUCCUUCACCAGCAUCUGAAUCAGAAUCAGAAGAAGAGAGUGAUCAGGAGCCUGUUGUCGUGCAUUCUCAGAAGAAAGCCCCGAAGCGAGUUGUCACUGUUAGAAAACGAACACCGCCGUCAUCUGAAAGCGAGGAUGAAAGUGAAGAAGAUACCAAAACGAGGCGGAAGAAGGCAGAAAAGAAGAAAGACGAGUCGUCCGAGGAAGGAUCUGAAUCGGAGAGUGAUGAGAGGCACAAGAAGAAGCAUCGCCAUCAUCAGAAGGAAAAGAGAAAGACAGAGAAAAUUAAGCAUGAUAGGCGGUCAAAAGAAAAACUGCGACAGGAGUCAUCACUGAGUCCUGAACGACCAGAGCCAAUGCGUAAAAAGCGGAAGAAGGAGCCUUCAGAAUCUGAGAAAAUCGAAAAGAAACGAAGACCAGAUUCAUCAAAGGAAAGACAUGGCCGAUCAAGCAAGAUGUCUGAAUCGCCUGCUAGAGGAAAGAAGGAACGAAAACCAGUGAAGGGUGAGUCAGAGGCGUCUGAAUCAGAGGAGGAAGCGGCUUCAAAACCAGCUGCUUUGUCACCGGAUAAGAGGAAGCGAAGGCCGGAGAGAGAGGCCUCGCCGGCAGGAAAGUCAAAAAGAAAGGGAAGGAGGAAGGGAAUGAGCGAGUCGGAAGAAAGCGAUGAAGAACAGGCAAGUGAGGAGGACAGAAGAAAACGGAAAGGAAAGAGAAGAACGCCAGAGAAAUCGUCAGUACGCAAGGAGGAGAAGGUCGAUAAUAAAGAUGAGGAAGCAGCUGGGGCAGAGCGCCACACCAGUGGGGAAAGUGACAUCGAAGCUGGCGUCAAAGAUAAGAAAAAGAAAAAGCAUCGUAAGCACAAGAAAACUCAUUCCCAUGGAACUUCAAAGCACAAGAAAAGAAAACACAAGAAACAUAAGGAGACGAGAAAAGGCUCGGAGGACGAAGAAGACUCUGAAGCAAGCGCAAGCGAAGAGGAGAGUGCAGAGUUGGAGAAGAAGUUGCGGGAAAGAGCUUUACAGUCCAUGCAGCGGCGCCAAAAACAGUCCUCCGAGUCAUCAUCUGACUAACUUUUUAAGUAGAUGUUUUUGUAGAAACAAACGGGUGCAGCUGUAAGGAAGGUCUUCUCCCAUGCAACGGCUCAAGCUUCUGUUAUGUAACGGCUCGACCUAUCAAUUAGAGGGAAAUGUAUGGCAGAUAGCCCUUGUUCUUGCAUAACGCCACUCCACCCCAUGUGAUAUUACCAAUUGUCUUUAUCGUGUUGAUUGUUAUUAAGUCAAGCAAAAUUCAUGUAUGCGGAUGUCUUUUAAUUUGCUAAAAGGUUUAUCGUCAAAUAUGGAGACGAAUUAUUAUUAAGGCCAGAGUUUGGUUUGGUGCUGGCACGGCUUUCUGAAUGUGCUUUGUCACAGAUAUCGUGCUUCUUGAAGAAUCGAAAUUUGUACUUUAAACAAUCAUUUAGUUUCGGAUUGAUAAACAAUUUGGCAGAAAGUGCUCUUGAUUAUUUUUUGUGGAUGUCAACUCUCGAAACAAAAACAAGUAGAUAAAUAAUACAUAACAAACAAACAAGUAGAAUUUUGCAUUCCUUCAUUAUGCUGACAUCAUUUUCUUGAAAAGGUUUCAGUGCUGUUACGCCUCGUCAGUAUAUCUUGUAAUUAUCGUUAGAUGCAGUAAAUAGUGUCUUCUUAAAUUGCCUUGUCAGAUUUUUCUAGACUUAUAGUUAAGAGAGUUUUUCCUUUUCAUAUUAUUAAGUUGUACAACUCUAUUGUAAAACUGCCUGAUUUUAUAGCAUUUCUCGUGGGCAAA